AGCGAUGGAGCAUCUGUCCCAGGAUGCAGUCCGCACCUUCUUCUCCCUGCGGCUGGCGCAGCUCGAAGGCUUCGACAGCUCCGAUCUCACGGAGCCGGAGAUCAUGGAGGCCGCGGCGUGGUUAGAGGAACCCGAGGCCAGAUCCAUGUUCGCUUGGAUCGAGCAAAAAGAAGAUACGAAGCGCAUCGUACAGGCCACACUUUCCAGGACUGCUGCGUCAGAGAGCCGCACGGAAGAUCGCUUGCCAGCGCCAAUCAGAACAGGAGCUGUGAAGGAGUUUUGCUACUUCUUCAAGAGGGAAGAUGAUCAGCCGAUCACUUCGUCGAACCUCAAUGAGCAAGUCCUGUUCGGAUGCUCUCGAGGUCCCCUAUUGGAUUCGCUUCUCAGCCAGAUGAAUAACAUCUACGUGCCUGUCGCUUUGGCCGAUCAUGGUUGGCCAGACAAUGUGCGAAAGGAGUUCACCUCCCAAGUUCAGAACUUCAUGCUCACCGUGACUGCCAUGACUCAUCAAGGGAAAGGCAGCACUGUUUUGUACAUCCCUCAGGACAACUUUGCCAACCUUGAAGCUGCCUCAAAGGACAAAGAUAUUGUGCAACGUUUGAAAGUUGCGUUGAUCCAUUGGCACAGGCAGAUCAAGGAAGUAACGACGCAACAGGAUUCAGCCAAUGAGGGCGAAAACAACGGCCCACUGGAUGAAAUUGAGUUCUGGAACGCCCGUGACAAGAAUCUGUCGCGGCUGCAUGAACAGUUGCAGAGCAAAAAACUCCAAGAGAUUCUGACAGUCCUGGAACAUGCGAAGUCCGGUUGGCUGAAGAAGUUUCGAGCUUUGGAGGAAGACAUCAAGAAUGGAUCAAUCGAAGCCAAGGAGAAUCUGCGAUUCUUGAACUUUUUGAAAGAGCCUUGCGAAAAACUGGCUGAAGCCACGCCACCAGAGAUACCUGCUAUCCUGCCAGAGCUCUUGAACUAUGUACGUAUGAUUUGGUCACUAUCAACGCACUAUCAGAAAGAGGACCGCAUCUCCGGGCUGCUUCGCAAGAUGAGUAACGAGAUCAUUAAGCGAUGUCAAGCUACCAUCGAUUUGUCCGACAUUUUCGCUGGGAAAGUAGAGACCUCUAUGGUGAAACUGCAGCAAUGCAUCGACUGUGGUCGAGAGUGGAAGCGAGCAUAUCAAAAGACGGUACGGCUCCUUUCAAAAAACACGGAUCGACCAUGGACCUUUCCUGAAGGUAGCAUCUUUCUCCAGAUCGAUGCCUUUGUGCAGCGCUGCUGCGAUCUGCUGGAGGUUUGUCAAGGCCUUCAGCAGUUCGCCUGUCGCUUCCGCGGCCAAGCGAUGCCAGCCUUCGGCGGGACCAAAGCAGGUGAGAUCAGCAACUCUCUGAAUGAGAUUGAGGAGAACUUCUUGAAAAAUCUUCAGCGAUUGCAGCCGCCGUAUGUGGACUAUGAUAUUCUCGAUGUGCGCGCUCCAAAAUGGCCAGAUCAUUUUGGUGCAUUUAAGAAUCAGAUGAGGGAUUUGGAGGCUGAAAGCAGCUCAGUCAUCAACAGUGCUUUUGAGGGUGUUGGAACUGUACAGACAGCAUGUCAAGUGCUCGACAGCUUCUAUCAACUUGCACAAAGAGAGCGCGUCAAAGCAUUUGUCGAGAAGAAGGGUGAAACCCUGUACAACAUCUUCUUGAACGAGCUGAACCACAACAUCAAAAAAGAGUUUGAUCAGUUCAGGAAGUUACCAACGUUGCCCAUCAUCCAAGGGCACCCACAAUUUGCUGGACCUGCUCUGGCUGUGCGUGGUUUGAUGUUGCGAAUUCAGCAGCAAAUGGCAGAACUUGAUCAGCUUUGUUACUUAGAGCCCUGCAGAGAACAAGAAGGCUGCAGAGACAUUUUCAACACAUUGCACGGAAACAUGGAGACCUUCGUGCUCACGACGUUCCAAGACUGGGUGCAGGAACUCAAGAGUAUGGAUGACCAGAAUUUGUCAAAGCGCCUCCAGGUGAAUUUGCUGGUGAAGCCCGAGGAGACCAUCAGCAGUAAGUUCAAGGGUGGUCUGUUGGAGUGCAACUUCGACAAGGAACUCUUGAAGAUGUUCCAGGAGGUCUAUUACUGGGAGAAGAUCCAGGGUAGCGGCAUAGUGGUCCCCUAUGCCGCCCACGAGCUGGCCGGGCACCGUGACAAGCUGCGGGUGCUCCGCGAACACGUGCUGCGAGUGGUGCGGGACUACAAUCAGAUCAUGUCUGCCUUGUUACCCGAGGAACGGCGCCUGUUCAACCAUCUCAUCCGCACCUUGGACCGGAAGAUUGGACCUGGCCUGACCAAGUUUAAUUGGACUUCUGACGGCAUCAAGGAGUUCUUUGUUCGAGAUAGCUGCAAAGAGUGUGCCAAAGUCUAUGAGUGGGUGAAGCAGUUCAAGAGGAACAACACAGAGAUUCUUGGGGUGUGCAAGAAGCUAUCAGAGCUGCACAUGAUCAAGAUCGAGAAGAAGACUGUGCACCGUGAUGAUGAGUUCCGAGAUGUACAGGAGCGCAGGCGGGAAGAAGUCAAGGCUGAGUUCAACAAGUCGCUCUGCAAAAUCACGGAACUUAUGCUGGGUUCCUACAGCUUCUUCGAAAGCCAUCCGCCUGACAUCCAGCGAGAGUGGAAGAGCUAUGUCGACAAGGAGGACAAGAGCAUCAAGGAGGCCUUGAGGAAGGCUGUGAAGACGAGUUUACAGGAUCUGUGCAAAGCUUUGAACGGUGAUACCAAAACAGAGCCAUCUCCACUCUUCAAGAUUCAGGCUGUUUUGGAUGAUGUGAAAAUGGACUUCAAACCACCGAUGUCCCAGCUGAAAGACUUGUUGCAGAUGAUUUGUCGUGAUAUGACUAUGACUCUCUCGGUUGUCCCAAGGUUGGCCGAGCACCUCUAUACCGUCAAGACAGAGAGGGAUAAGAAGAAGAAGGAGCAGCUGGAGGAGGCCGGAGAUCUCGCAGGUGCUAAUGCAAUCCCAUCACCAGGUGAUCCGCCCAAGAAGAAGAAAGGCUUCUUCGAGGAAAUCUCCAAAGAUGAGGACUGCUGUAUCAAGUACGUCAAGGAGGUGCUGAGAGGCUUCAACCAUUGUUCCAUGAAGCUCGGAGAGCGCAUGAAGUUCUGGAACAGCUCCUAUCAGCCGAUUGUCUCCCAGGACAAGGACACCUUCAUCAGACGUUACAAGAAGACCGAACGAUCCCUGACGAUUGUGGGGCAAGACAUCCAACGUUACAAGGACGUGCAGUCCGACAUCCAGCAGGAGGAUCCCAAGGUUGUGAUCGAUUUCAUCGAGACGGAUUUUCAACCCCUCAAGAACGCCUUGGUGGAUCACUGUCAGAAAUGGCAGAAGAAACUGACGGAUCUCCUGAAUGAGAAUGCUCGAACAGAGAUGAAUCGACUCCUUGAAUAUUUCGAUUCCAACACGAAGACCUUCCAUUCGGAGAUCAAGGAUAUGGAUGAGCUGAAAGCCAGGAUUGCUUUGCUUGACCAGUGCCGAAAAGAUGAUGAAGAAAUGGAGAACAAGAUCAAGCCUAUUGAAGACAAGUAUGCAAAGCUCCAAGAAUUUGAGGUGAUGCCGUCAGAUGAAGAGCUCCAGAGGAAGGCCCAGAUGCGACCGCAGAUGGAGACCUUCCGGGAGACCUUGGUGGAAGCAGAGAUGCGAAUCAGCAAAUCGAAGAAACAAAUGAAGGCAGGUCUGGAGCAAGAUCUCGGAAGCUUUGGUCAGAGCAUCCGGGAUGUCAAGACAGACUUCGGACGUCAUGCUCCAUACAAGAGCGACAAUCUCACCCCAGAGUCGGCCAAUGCCAUGCUUCAGAACUACCGCAAUCAGAUUGAAGCCAAGCGGAAACUGGAAGCCGAGUUCCGUCCGAAGCAAGAGCUCUUUGGUAUUGAGCCUGCCAACUACAAGGAACUCGAGUGGGUGGAGCAGGAGAUUGAGAAGCUGACGAUGGUCUGGGACAUCAGAGAUGGUUGGAACAAAGAAUGGGACAAGCUACGCUCUGGAAGCUUCCAGUCCUUGAAUACGGAUGAUAUGGACGAGCUCGCCAUGCAAUUCCUUGGCAAACUGCGCAAGGUCAUUGGAAAGGACAAGAACGUGCAGAACUGGCAAGUCUAUCAAGAUCUGAAGUCUGACUUGGAGACCUUCCGCAACAUGAUGCCAGUGAUUACACAUCUACGAUCCGAUGCCAUGCGCGCGCGUCACAUUGAAGCAAUUGUAAAGGAAGUCAAGGAAACCUUCAAUCCGAAAGAUGCUGGCUUCACGCUGCAACGAGUCAUGGAUUUGGGCCUUCAAAACCAUGCCGACCUCAUUGCGCGCCUUUGCGAUGAUGCCAAGAAGGAGGCGAAGAUUGAGAAUGGCUUGGAAGAUAUUGCCAGGAUUUGGUCCACGAUGACCAUCGAUGUUGUGGAGCACAAGGGCGAUGCCUUCAAAGUCCGUAGCACCGAGGAGCUCUACCAGGCACUUGACGAGAACAUCCAAGCGCUGUCGUCCUACAAGAGUUCGCCCUUCUACCUGCCCUUUGCUCCGAAGGUGGAGUACUGGGAAAAAACCUUAGCCCACAUCUCGGAAGUUACUGAGUCUAUCCAGUCGGUUCAAAAGUCAUGGAUGUAUUUGGAGAACGUCUUCCGGGGCUCGGAAGAUAUUCGGCCUCACCUUCCAGAUGAGUCGAUCAUGUUCGAUGACGUGAAUGAAGGUUUCAUCAACAUGAUGAGGAAAGUCUACCAAGAGCCAUUGGCAACAAAGGCUUGCUCCCAGCCGAAGAUGUUGGAGAACCUGCAAUCCUUCGAAGCCUCAUUGGAGAACAUUCAGAAGAAGCUCAAUGAUUACCUGGAGAAAAAGCGUCAGUUCUUCCCGCGCUUUUACUUCAUCUCCAAUGACGACCUGCUUGAGAUCUUGGGCCAGGCGCGUGAUCCUGAACAAGUUCAGAAGCACAUCAAGAAAUGCUUCGAAGGUGUCAAGUCACUGGAGCUGCAGCCCCCUGCGCAAAACCGUCGAUGGGAGGCCGUAGGUCUCAAUGCACCAGAUGGAGAGAGGGAGAAAUUGGUGACACCGGUGAAGCUUGAAGGACCCGUUGAGGUGUGGCUCGGUUUAGUGGAGAAGAAGAUGUUCGAAUCCUUGAAGGCGCACCUCGUGAAGUGCCACAACAUGAACAUCAACCCCAAGGCCAUGAAGAAAGAGAAAUGGGUCAAAGAAUUCCUGGGCCAAUUGUUGAUCACCUCUGGGCAGAUUGCUUGGACCACCGACUGUGCUGCAGCACUGACCAAAGUGGAAAAGGGCCAGAAAAAUGCCCUCAGGAUGUUGAAGCGAACCCAGAGCAAGUACAUCAGCAAGCUAUGUGAGAUGAUCCGAAAGCCUCUCACAAAGAUUGAACGCAACAAGCUCGUGGCGCUAAUCACCAUUGAGGUUCAUGCACGAGAUGUGCAAGAUCGCAUGAUUAACCUCAAAACAGAGUCGCCCAGCAACUUCAACUGGACCUCGCAGUUGCGCUUUGAACUGCGAGAAAGUCAGGAGGAACCGGUUGGUGGCCAGCCUCCGGUGCAGACCUGUGUGGUUCUGCAGACCAACACCACAGCACCAUACGGCUAUGAAUACCAGGGCAACAACGGACGUUUGGUGGUUACACCGAUGACAGAUCGCUGCUACAUGACGCUCACCACGGCCAUGCACUUGAAACGUGGUGGUGCACCUGCCGGACCUGCUGGCACAGGCAAGACCGAGUCAGUAAAAGAUUUGGGCAAAGGCAUGGCUAUGUAUGUGAUCGUCUUCAACUGUUCGGAUGGCCUCGACUAUAAAUCCCUGGGGCGCAUGUUCUCAGGACUUGCACAGUGCGGCUGCUGGGGAUGCUUCGAUGAGUUCAACCGCAUUGAUGUUUCGGUCUUGUCUGUGGUGGCAGUGCAGAUCAUGACCAUUCAAGCUGCUUUGAAAGAAGAGAAAGACAAGUUUCUCUUCGAGGACAUCCUAAUCAGCUUGAAGAGGACUUGUGCCGUCUUCAUCACCAUGAACCCGGGCUACGCGGGGCGCUCGGAGCUUCCCGACAAUCUGAAAGCGCUCUUCCGGCCGGUGGCCAUGAUGGUUCCGGACCUGGCCAUGAUCAUGGAAAUCAUGCUUGUCUCCGAAGGCUUCAAAGACUUCAAAAUGUUGGCAAAGAAGAAGUUCACUCUGUAUCAGAUGAUGUUGCAGCAGAUGUCCAAGCAGCAUCACUACGACUUCGGUUUGCGAAACAUCAAGUCGGUGCUAGGCUGUGCGGGAGCAUUGAAGCGAAAGGAGCCAGAUAUGCCGGAGCAGAUCCUCCUCAUGCGUGCGAUCAACGACAUGAACGCUCCGAAGUGGGUGUCCCAAGAUGUGCCCCUGUAUCAAGCGCUCCUGAGCGACAUCUUCCCAGGAGUUGAGCUUCCUGUGCUAGACUACGGCAAGUUGGAAGAGGUGAUCAAUCAAGUCUUGGAAGAGAUGGGCUGUCAAAAGGUCAAGCACUCUGUGGCAAAGUGCAUCAGCAUCUAUGAGACGAAGAUUACCCGCCACGGCAACAUGUUGGUGGGUGGUACUCUUGGAGGAAAGAGCGUUUGCUGGAAAACUCUGGCCAAGGCCAAAUGCAUUUUGAAGUCCAUGGGGCAGGAGGGUAUGGAGAAGGUGGUCUUUGACAUUAUCAACCCAAAAUCCAUCACGAUGAACGAGCUCUAUGGUGCAUAUGAUGCUGCGACCAUGAUGGAGUGGACCGAUGGGGUGCUGUCUUCCAUCAUGCGGCGGAUGUGCCAGGACGAAAAGCCGGAUGAAAAGUGGCUGGUGUUGGACGGGCCGGUGGAUACUCUGUGGAUUGAAUCCAUGAAUACCGUCCUGGAUGACAACAAGGUCUUAACCCUGAUCAACGGAGACCGCAUCAGCAUGCCGCCCAUGGUGCGGCUACUUUUUGAGGUGGCGGACCUAGCACAAGCCUCUCCAGCAACCGUCUCACGAGCUGGAAUGGUGUAUUUUGAUCCACCAGACCUUGGAUGGGAGCCGUACUUCAAGUCAUGGGUCGAGAAGUUUAUCCCGCAGAACCGGCAGCAAGAUGUCUUGAAUCUAUCGGAGAAGUGGAUUCCCAAGUGCUUGAAGAUUCGCAAGACAUGCGCGGAGCUCGCUCCAAUCGUGGAUACCAAUGCUGUGAUGUCUCUCACUCGCCUCUAUGAGACCUUCGCGCCCAAGAUUGACAUCGAAGCUUUUGGUGAGAAAGCACUGGAAGCCCUCGACAAGUUGUUCGCCUUCUCUCUGAUUUGGUCGUUGGGAUCAUCCAUCACAGAGGCAUCCCGACCUACCUUCGACCAAUGUGUGCGAGAGGUUGAGAACUACUUCCCUGCUUCUCAAUCAAUCUAUGACUAUGCCUUCAACUUUGAGAAGGCAGACUUUGCCCCAUGGGAUGAAAAGCUGCCCAACCCCUUCAAGCCUGGAGAAGGCAUGCCUUUCCACAAGAUUGUGGUGCCGACGACAGACACCAUCAGAAACAUGUUCAUUUUGAAGCAGCUCAAUGCCAAGCACUUCCAUAGUCUUUUGGUGGGCUGCACUGGCACUGGCAAGACCAUCGCAGUUCAGGAGGCGAUUCAGGGCCUUGAAGAUUCUGCGUGGACAUCUUUGACCAUCAACAUGUCUGCUAUGACCUCUUCAGGCAAGACGCAAGAAAUCAUUGAGAGCAAGAUCGAAAAGCGCAUCAAAAACAAGUUUGGUCCCGCUGGCAACAAGCGAAUGCUGAUGUUUGUGGAUGACCUGAACAUGCCUAGGAAGGACUUGUUUGGCUCGCAGCCUCCUCUGGAACUGCUGCGUCAGUGGAUCGACUAUGGCUGCUGGUAUGAUCGGCAGAAGCAAACCCUGAGGUAUGUAGAGGGCAUUCACAUGGUCUCUGCGAUGGGUCCACCUGGUGGUGGCCGUGCAGUGAUUUCGGCGCGCUUGCAGAGUGCUGCCAAUAAUCUUUGCUUCGUCAAUCCUGCUGACAGCCAGAUCAAGCGCAUUUUUAUGACUUUGGCAAGCAACAAGCUCAACGGCUUCAGUAACGAAGAUGUAAAAGCUCUUUCUGAGCCUUUGACCAUGACCACCAUCAACAUCUAUACCCAAGUGAUCGACGGAUUUCUGCCGACGCCAGAGAAGUGCCACUACCUCUUCAACUUGCGGGACAUUGCCAAAAUUUUCCAAGGGAUAUAUCUGGCAGACACCAAGGUGCAUGAGCAAAAGGAGCAGAUUGUGCGCAUGUGGUACCACGAAUGCUGUCGCGUCUUUAUGGAUCGCCUCAUCAACCACGAGGACCGGGAGAAGUUCCGCAACCUCCUAGAUGCUGCCAUGGACAACGGCCUGCAGGUGAGACAGAAAGAGAUCGACGGCGGAGAUCCCGACUUUGUGUUCGCGGCCUUGGAUCUCAGCAACCCAGAAGCCGAAGAUGCGGUCUACGACUACAUGCACGAUCGCACCAGUGAUUCAGGUCUGAAGAAGUUCAUGGAGAGCAGGAACGAGGACUACAAUGCAAUGUUCAAGAAGUCUCCAAUGUCCCUGGUCAUGUUCAAGGAGGCUGUGGAGAUCUGCUGCAAGGUCUUGCGAAUCCUGAAGCAGCCACAAGGAAAUGCUCUUCUCAUCGGUGUGGGUGGUUCUGGACGACAUUGUCAGACGAGAUUGGCUUCUUUCAUUGCAUUUUACAAGUGCUUCUCGAUCGAGAUCACCAAGCAGUACAAGCAUAAUGCCUUCUUGGAAGACUUGAAGAAGCUCUAUGAGCUUACUGGUGUGAAGAAUCAGAAGUUGACUUUCUUGUUCUCAGACACUGAGAUUGUGGAGGAGAGUUUCUUGGAGGAUGUCGCGAACAUGCUCAGUUCGGGUGAGGUGCCAAACCUCUUCACAGGUGAUGAAUUGCAAGCGAUCCGAGCCAAUUUGGAGAAAGCUGGCAAGGAAGCCAAGAUUGCGCCGACUCCAGAAGCUAUGUAUGACUUCUUCAUCUCACGGGUGCGCGAAAACCUUCACAUUGUGUUCUGCAUGUCCUACAUCGGAAACAACUUCCGCGACUACUGCCGAAUGUACCCCUCGCUGGUGAGCUGUACCACGGCCAUUUGGUUGCUGCCCUGGCCUGCCGAAGCCUUGACCGAAGUGGCCCUGAAGUUCCUCACGGAAGGCGAACUUGAAGAGUCUCUCCGCCCACCGGUGGCUGAAAUUUUUGGUUCUGCACACACCACCGUCAUGCGAUUCUCCACGCGCAUUUACCAGGAGCAGAAACGCAUGAACUAUGUAACGCCGACCAACUAUCUGGAACUCGUGCAGGGCUACAUGAAGAUGUUGAAGGACAAGCAGAAGGAGCUUGGGGCUGCGGCAGACAAGCUGCGGAACGGCUUGUCGAAGCUGGAUGAUGCCCGCGUGCAAGUUGCUGAGAUGAGUAUAGACUUAGAAGAGAAACAGAAGAUUUGUGACGUAAAGGCCAAAGAGUGUGAGGAGCUCCUGAAGGUCAUUACAGCCGAAAGAUCCAAAGCAGAUGCGCAGCAAGCGCAGGUCGAGGCGGAUUCGAUUCGCAUCGAAAAAGAAGCCAAGGAGACAAAGAUUUUGGCAGAUGAUGCCACACGCGAUUUGGAGAAGGCCAUGCCUGCAUUGGAUGCAGCUGUCGAUGCUUUGGAAAAGUUGGACAAGAAAUCCAUCGCGGAGGUGAAAGCUUAUGCAAAGCCACCAGAGGCGGUAAUGAAGACCAUGUGUGCCGUGAUGACCGUCAUGGAGAAGACACCUUCAUGGGGGCAGGCCAAGACUGAGCUGAACGAUACCAACUUCCUUGUCAGGAUUAAGAACUUUGACAAGGACAAUAUCAAGGACACCACCCUCCGGAAGAUUGAGAAAUUUACAAAAGACUCCAACUUCACGCCAAAGUUGGUGUCAAACGUCUCUUUGGCGGCUGGUGCAUUGUGUCAAUGGGUUCAUGCGAUGAAGAUCUAUGCAGAGAUCUAUCGAGAAGUGGAACCCAAAAGGAACAAGCUUCGCCAAGCUCAAGAGAAGCUGGAGUCGAAGCAGAAGCAAUUGCGAGAAGCAAAUGCUGAACUCAAGAAGGUUCAGGACCUUGUGAAGAACCUGAACGACCAAUUCAACUCAUCCAACAAUGAGAAGGAAACACUGGCCCGAACGGCUGAAGAGCUCAAAGUGAAGUUGGAGCGCGCAGGCAAACUGGUGGACGGCCUUGCUGGUGAGAAAGUCCGCUGGACAGAGUCAUUGAGCAAGUUCGAUACACAGCAAGAGAACUUGUUCGGUGAUUGUCUCGUCUCGGCAGCGUUCAUGAGCUAUGCGGGACCCUUUGGCGCAGCCUAUCGCAAUGAACUGGUCAUCGACGAAUGGAUGGCAAGUGUCAAGGAGAAGGAAGUGCCUUUCACCAGCAGCUACACCUUCAGCAGCUUCCUAGCCAAGGCUACAGAGGUUCGAGAAUGGAACCUGCAGAAGUUGCCUGCGGAUGACUUUAGCACAGAGAAUGGUGUGCUGGUGACCAAGAGUCGGCGCUUUCCGCUGAUGAUUGACCCCCAGAACCAGGCCAAUGCCUGGGUUCGAAAGAUGGAGGAAACCCGGCAGCUGCGGGUCUUCGACCCCAACUCCAAGGACAUCAUGAAGUCGCUGGAGCGUGCCAUUGAAUUCGGAUCUCCCGUCAUGCUAGAGAAUGUGGGCGAAGAGCUAGACCCUUCCCUCGAGCCCAUUUUGGCGAAGAACAUCAUCGACAACGGUGGAGGAACGUUGUCACUGAAGGUGGGCGACAACGUUUUGGACUACAACCCCCAGUUCAUGUUCUACAUCACGACCAAGCUCUCCAAUCCGCACUAUACACCUGAGGUGUCAACCAAAACGACCAUCGCUACUCGAAAAUUCGUCAACUUCAUCGUGGUCUUGGAUGGUUUGACGAAUCAGCUGCUAGGUGUCAUCGUUCGCAGCGAAGAUCAACGCUUGGAGGAAGACAAGAAUCGCUUGCUCUUCCAGGUUGCUAAGGGUCGAAAUCGCUUGGUCGAGCUGGAGAAUGAAAUUCUUCGACUGUUGGCCGAGACCAAGGGCUCACUUCUGGAUGAUCUCAGCCUUAUCGACACCCUCCAGGAGUCGAAGGUCAUUAGUCUACAGACCACUGAGCAGGUCGCCCAUGCAGAGCAGAACAUGAUCAAAAUCGAUGGGCAGCGAGAGAACUAUCGACCUGCUGGUUUGCGAUCUGCAGUCCUCUAUUUUGUUCUCAAUGACUUGGUGGCAAUUGACCCUAUGUACCAGUUUGCGCUGGCUGCUUACGAAUUCCUCUACAUACAGAGUAUUGAGAAGAGCGCAGAGAAGAAAAUUUCAGUCGGAGGCGUUGAAGAGCGAAUUGAAGACCUGAACGCUUUCCAUGCCUUAGCAGUGUACAAAUACGGAUGCCGAGCUAUCUUCGAGCGCCACAAACUUCUGCUAUCGCUACACCUUUGCGCGCAAGUUCUGAAGUAUUCGAACGACCUCAACGAGACGGAGUUUUCGUUCUUCCUCUUUGGUGGACAGGUUUUUGACCGGAGUGGUCAGCCAGCCAACCCCUCACCGGACUGGAUCAAUCAGUCCAUGUGGGACAGCAUCGUGGAGGCUGACGCCAAGUUGGAAUCCUUCAAAGGUUUCCAGACUUCCCUGGAGCAGUCCUUGCGGGAUUGGAAGAAAUGGUACAGCGGAUCGGAACCCGAAAAAGACAACUUGCCCGGAGAGUGGCAUGAGCGCUUGGACCCGCUGCAGAAACUCAUUGUGGUCCGGUGCAUCAGACCCGAUCGCGUUCUGCCGGCUGUACAGGUCUUUGUGGCUUUGAAGUUGGACCAAAAGUUCGUGGAGCCGCCACCUCUGGAUUUGGAGGCGAUUUAUGAUGAGACUUCCUGCUACACACCGCUCUUGUUUGUUCUGACGCCUGGCAUGGACCCCACAGGCCAGUUACGGGCCUUGGCGAUUUCGAGGAACGUUCCCUGGCAGACCAUUUCUCUAGGCCAAGGACAAGAGCCGAAAGCGGAGAAGAUGAUGACAGAUGGUGCUGAGAAAGGCUUCUGGGUCCUUUUGGCCAACUGUCAUCUAUGCGUCCAUUGGCUUCCAAGUCUGGAAAAGCUCAUUGAGAGGACCUUCGACCAAAAUCCCCACGAGAAGUUCCGCAUUUUCCUCUCGUCCUCCCCAACUCCCAAGUUCCCCAUUCAAUUGCUGCAGAACUGCAUCAAGAUGACAACUGAGCCACCAAAAGGUCUCAAGGCAAAUCUGGUUCGCUUGCUCCAGAACACCUCCGAGGAGUCCUACAAUCGCGUGAAGGAGGUUCAGAAGUAUCGGCGCUUGUUCUUCUCCCUGUGUUGGUUCCAUGCAAUUCUGUUGGAGCGGAAGAAGUUCAAGAUGUUGGGAUGGAAUAUCGGCUACGACUUCAACGAUUCCGACUUCGACAUUUGCGAGAACAUUUUGGCCAUGUACUUGGAUGAGAACCCAACGGAAAUUCCCUGGGACGCCAUUCGCUACCUCAUUGCGGAGGCCAACUAUGGAGGUCGGGUGACUGAACACCCAGACAAUCGAGUGUUGAGGUCCUAUGUGACCGAGUUCUUCUGCACAGCAGCGCUGCAACCCAAGUUCCAAUUCUCAUCUCUGACGACAUACUACAUCCCCGAGGACGGCAGCCUCCAGAGCUAUCGUCAGUAUGUGCAGGGACUGCCACUGAGCGAGCCGCCGGAGGCCUUUGGGCAACACACCAACGCGGAGAUUUCAUCGUCUUUGGCGGACACUGAUGUUUUGAUGCAGACCAUGAUUGAAGUCCGUGGCGGAGGCGGGGCAGCAGCUGGGGGUGAUAUUGGUGAAACGGUCUUUGCCACCAGCAACACCUUGUUGGAGAAGUUGCCGGAAAACUUGGACUGGGAAGAAGUACGAGACCGAAACGAAGCGGAUUCCUCGCCCUUGAAGGUGUGCUUACUCCAGGAGAUCGAGAGGUACAACAUGCUUUUGUCUAGCGUGCGCUCUUCGAUCAAGACUCUGCAAAAGGGCAUACAAGGUCUUGUGGUGAUCAGCAAGGAGCAAGAGGCUGUGCUCAAUUCGCUCUAUGCAGGGUCAGUACCAACUUCCUGGCUGUUUGCCUAUCCCAGCUUGAAGCCGCUGAGUAGCUGGAUGCCAGAUUUGGGCGACCGCAUUGAGCAGCUGAACACCUGGGGCUUUGUAGGAGUGCCAAAGGUUCUCUGGUUGGGCGGCUUGACUUACCCGACCAGCUUGCUGACGGCUGUGUUGCAACAGUCUGCCCGGAAGAACAUGGUUUCGGUCGACACCCUUUCCUUUGACUUUGUGGUUCAGAACCAGGAUGAGUCGCAGAUCACAUCGCUUCCAAAGGAGGGCGCUUAUAUCAAGAGCAUGAUUCUGGAAGGAGCUAAGUGGGACAUGAAUGCAGGCUGCCUUGCAGAUGCAGACACUAUGGCGCUCUUUAACCCAAUGCCCAUCGUACAUUUUAAGCCAGUCGUCCGCAAGAAGGCGUCCACUGAGGGCAUUUACCAGUGCCCUCUGUAUCUCUACCCAAUCAGGACGGGAACUCGAGAGCGACCAUCCUUUAUGAUCUGGGUGGAUUUGAAGGCUGGGCACUUCUCGGCAGACCAAUGGACCAAACGCGGAACGGCCUUGCUGCUUUCGGUAGCAACCUGAGAAGCCCGAGAGACAAUUGAAUUCAGUGCAAUGAUCAAGUUCGUUGCGUUGCCUUCUUCUAGAUGGAAGGCUUUCAAGGUUAAGGAUCUUAAACGUGGAACAGCUGGCAGUUUGGGCUGAUCGCUGUGAUCGCUGUGAUCGCUGAACUCUGACAGAAACAGCAGCAACCAGCCG